CGGAAGUGGCUCCACUAAGGGCGGAAGGCACCGACGGCCGGUGCUAGGUGGGUUUCUGUCCCCGCCGGGUUGCCGCGAUGGAACUCAGCGCAGACUACCUCCGGGAGAAGCUGCAGCGGGACCUGGAGGCGGAGCACGUGGAGGUGGAGGACACGACUCCUGGCCGUUGCGCGACCAGCUUCCGAGUCCUGGUGGUGUCGGCUAAGUUCGAAGGGAAGCCACUGCUUCAUAGACACCGGCUGGUGAAUGCGUCCCUAUCAGAAGAGCUCCCGCACAUCCAUGCCUUUGAGCAGAAAACUUUGACUCCAGACCAGUGGGCUCGUGAACAGCAGAAAUGAGGGACCGAUGCCUGCGCAGCAUUAAAUGACAAAUCAGGGCCA